CUGUUAAUAUCAUUACAGAAAAAACCUCUACAAGGCUUAAAUGAACCAAACAUAUGGGCCUUAAAAAGGGAGGCCCAUUAAAAUGGAAGAGAUCGAACGGUUUAAAGCGCAUCAAACGUACAUCCCUUACCAUACACCACACCUCAGCGGAUAAACCCAUCACCCUUACCAACAAGGAGGAGGCAACUCGAAGAUGGCCUUAAAUGGCGCAUUGAUUGAAACCAGAAAGGCACUGCACUCACACUCUUCUUCUGCACAGCUGUGACUCUCAUUUCUUCAUCUCAUCUUCUUCUUCGUCCUCAGUCUUUCCGCCAUGGCAGCUCCGUCUCAGAAGCUUCUCUUCCUCUCUCUCCUACUCCUCUCUCUCGCCCUCAUUUCCCUCCCCGGAUCCGAAUCCUUCUCCGACAACCCCUCCCUUGUUCUCCUCGCUGACGGGAUCGGCUGGGAAGGUGACUUCGUCGGAGACGGAGAGGCGGAGGGAUACGACGGAGAAGGAGAUCGGCGGUCGCUGUUCUGGCAGCGGAAGAGGUACUACAUCUCGUACGGUGCGCUUUCGGCGAAUCGGAUCCCGUGCCCUCCGAGAUCAGGGCGAUCUUACUACACCCACAACUGUUACAGAGCCAGAGGUCCGGUCCAUCCGUACAGCCGAGGCUGUUCCAUGAUCACCAGGUGCAGGAGAUAGAAGACGAAUACUAUGACUGCGAAGGAAAUUUCCGUGUUGCCACUAGUGAAUUAUGUCGUUAAUCGUGAUUAGGUUUGUUAAUUUUUUGUUAAUUCCGAGAUUAUCAGCGGAGCUAUUGUCUUGUAGCUUGUCAUGUCAUGUCAUGUCAUGUAUCAUGUCUCCACCAUGUCGGUGUCUUUUAUAUUAUUUUUGUGCUCUGAUUUGAAUUUAAAUCUGGAUCACAUGUAUUGGACUAAUAUUCGCUCUA